ACUCGUCACAUGAUCGGAAACCAGUGCUUGCAGAGUGGAGGUUACCCGGAUGAGACACAGAACGCAUAUCUGCCCCAGGAGCUGAACUGUACCUCUCCGAGCUGACCAGCAUGGAUUUCAUGACAGAUCACAAUGUGCAAAAGUACAUGGAGGAUGGGUAUGUGGUUCUGGACGGACUGUUGACCUCUCAGGAGUGUGAUGAACUGAGGCAGAGGAUGACAGAUAUUGUGGACCGGAUGGACGUCCCGGAGCACUGCCGCAUCACCUUUUCCACCUAUCACGACGAGCAGCUCAAAAAACAGGGAAAUGCUGACUAUUUCAUCACCAGUGGAGACAAGAUUCGUUUUUUCUUUGAGAAAGGAGUUUUUGACGACAAAGGGGAAUUCAUCGUACCAAAACAGCGGUCACUGAAUAAAGUUGGCCAUGCGCUACAUGCCUACGAGCCAUUGUACAAAAAGGUUACACAUUCACCCAAAGUUCAGGGCAUAGCUAAGAAGCUGGGUCUUGUAAAUCCUGUGAUACUGCAAAGCAUGUACAUUUUUAAGCAACCAGGGAUUGGUGGGGAAGUGACGCCUCAUCAAGAUGCCACAUUUCUGUACACGGAGCCCCUGGGCAGGGUCAUGGGGCUGUGGAUCGCCCUGGAAGAUGCCACUGUCAACAAUGGCUGCCUGUGGUUUAUCCCGGGGUCACACAACAGUGGUAUUUCUCGGCGGAUGGUGCGCACCCCAAAAGGUACCUUUCCCCUCACAGACUUCAUCGGAAGAGAGCAGGCCUAUGCUGAAGAGAAGUUUAUUGCUGCACCAGUAAAGAAAGGUGGCGUAGUCCUGAUUCACGGGGAGGUGGUGCAUCGCAGUGCUGAAAACAUCUCAGAGGACUCUCGCCAUGUCUACACCUUCCACAUCAUGGAAUCUCAGGACACCCACUGGAGCCCUGACAACUGGUUGCAACCCACUGAAGAGCUUCCUUUCCCACCUCUCUACACUAAAUGAAGGAUCAUUUGGCUGCAAGGAAAGACACCAGAUAAUCUCUUUCCUGAAGAAGGACCAACAUGUAUGAACUAUUUUAACCACAGCAAGUGUUAUACAAUUGCUCAUGUCUUGUUUUUUAUCUUUUAUGACAACAUCUAUUUCUCUGAGCCAUACAGUAUGUACACUAGUAUGUGACCUGAUCCAGAGGUGCUUAAGCAGAAAAAUUGAGUGGAUUACUGGUGACUAACUCAUAUUUUUGAAUGUAUCAGGGUUUUAAAUUAGGAAUUUUAAUAGACUCAGAAGUUGAAUAAAUAUUUUUUAAAUGA